AUGAUAAAUCACGACCUUGCACAAGGGAUUCUUGAUUUUUUUAAUGAGCUAGGAAGAGAAUAUUUUCAAUGUCUGGAAGUGGAUUCAUUAGCAGCUGUAUUCGAUUGUAUAGUACCAAAAACAAUAGAUUAUAUACAUAAAACAACUAAUACCGUUAAUGUUACGGGAAGUGAUGUCUUUGAGUCACUUUAUCUUCUCCUAGAAAUGUUGUCUGAUGACAUCAAAUUUGUAGAUAUCAUAGAAUUCAAAAAGGCUGCGAAAGGUGAUGAUUUGGAACAGUUAAAACUUCUUGCUUUAACAUUAUAUCAAUUAGCUAUAAUUGAUUGUAAUAUGGUUAGCAAAAUAAGUGAAUCCCUUAGUCAUGAAUCAGUUGGAAAAGUCGUUGAGUUGAUAAAUUUUCUGGAAAAUCCAUGCAAUUGGCCUCAAGAUAAACAAUGGAGUUUUAUACUUAUGUCAAAAGAGAGACAAAGUGUUUUACCAUCAGAUAUUGAUAAGGAGAAUUUCCAAUUACCCAGAAAUUCUUUGUGUCAAACACCAAUGGGUUGGAGAAAACCAAGUCAACCAAAUAGUAUAUUAACAAGUAAAAGUCGGACCAGAAGUAUGUACACUUUUACUCCAUCGACUAAUUUUAAUUCAUCUUUUGUCAACAGUCCAAUAAUGAGUGCUGUUUGUUCUCCUUCAUUUGAAGCAAAAAGAGAAUUGAGGAGACUUAAAAAUUCAUACAAUAAAAUUUUGAGAGAUUUUGAAGAAUUAGAAAGAUCAAAUGUAAGAAUGAGAGAAACUUUCAACACAAUGAAGAAAUCUCUUUCGGAUAAGGUAACUAAUUUAGAAUGCCAAUUAGAUAAUAAAAAUUCUGAAUGCAUUAUGCUGAUGGAACAGCUUGAUAGUCAAUUAAUAUCGACAUCUGAGGCAGAAAAUUUACAGGAAUCUAAUAAAAAAUUACUUACGACAAUUACUUCUUUGAAAAGUGAUAUUGCUAGAUUGACUAGCAUAAAUGUUGAAAAUACCAAGAAAUGUUUAUCUCUUGAAAAAGAUGUAAAAUUUAAAGAGGAAAGAAUUAAUUUACUUGAAAAAGAUUUAUCUGAAAAAGACGAUUAUCUUAUGAGUAUUCUUGACAAGCAUACAAGUGAAACGAAUGAAGCAGAAUUAGAGAAACAACGACUUCAAGAGAAAUUAAAUCUUUUUGCGGAGCGUAAUGAGGAGUUAACAAGGGAUCGUUUUAGAUUAAAAGAAGAUUUAAUUGAGGAACGAAACAAUGCUCACGAACAACAACAUGUCAUUCAUAAUCAUUACCAAGAAAAAAUUCUGGAAUUAAAGAGGGAAGUUGAUAGUCUUUUAAGACAUAGAGAAACAUUGUUAAAUCAGAAUGAAACUUUUAAAAUCUCACUUCUUGGUGCAAAAGAAGCACAAAAACAACUAGAAGAUGAAGUUAUAUCAAUUAAAGAAACUCUUAAUUCAAAAGAAGAAGUUGUUAAAACUACUGUUCAAAGAGAGGAAUCACUUAAGAAUUUAAAUAACCGGUUAACAUUGAAAAUAAAAAGAUUAGAAACAGAUAUGGAAACGGUGAAAAAAACAUGUCAGGAUGAAGUUAAAAAGUAUAGUGAGUUAAUUGAACGACAAAGUUUAUUUACUUCUAAUGAUGUGAUCAAUGAACAAAAUGAACAAAUAGAAAAACUAAAGGAAGAGGUUGAAUGUCUUAAAGAAGAAAAUGAGAGAAAGGCACGUGAGAUUGAUGAAUUAAAAGAAGACAUGAGGGCGUUAGAAGAAGAAAGGAAAAGUUGGGAGAUGUUCAAAAAUUCAGACAAGAAUUUUUUUUUAUUCGAAGACUCAUUUUCUAAUACGGAGCUUCUUAGCAAUUGUCCAAAUGAUUUUAACUUUGAUUCUGAAUCUUUGGUAAUGUUUGCAAAUAGUAUAACUGAAGGAGGUGGUGAUGAUACAUCGUCAUAUGAUGCGGAAAUCGAGCUAGAAGAAUAUACUUUUACAACAAUUGCAGAUGGUAUAACACGAGUGUGCCGUGUUGUUAAAGAUACAUUUGAUAUGAACGAAGAUGAUGAAUCAGAAUAUCAAACAGCUGAUCAAUUUUUGCGAGACUCCAGAAAUAGUUGUUAUGGAUCUUCAUGCUUAGAAUCAAUUGCUGAAGAAAGUAGUGAACUGACAAGCUUUAAUGUAAUUACAUAUACUUCUAGACAAAUGGCCUAUAAUAGACCUAGAAAUGGGGCAAAACCAGAUCAUUUUUUGGAACAACAAAACAAUGAAUUAACUGAAAGUUUAGCAAACAAAGCAAAAGCUCUUAAAAGAAUAACCAUUGCUAUUAGUGACGAUGUCCGGGAACAAAAUCGUCUUCUUAAUGAUAUGGAUGAUGAUUUUUUAAAAUCAAACAGUCUUCUUGGAAUAACAAUGAAAAAACUUGGAAUAGUUUCAAAAUCAGGUGUCACUUGCUACUUUUUUUUCAUUAUGGAUAGUGUUAUUGCUUUACUACCUUCAUGGAUGACUUGUUUCUCCACACAUAUGGAUUUCCAUGGUCAACAGAAAGCUGAAAGAAUAUAUGAAGUUGUUAUUGUUACAUCAGCAGUUGUUGGUUUUCUUAUUGGGUUUUUUACUCAACAAAUUUCUCAUAUGGUUAUUUCUAUUGGAAUAGGUUUUGUAUUAUCAUGUAUUAUUAUUUUACCACCAUGGCCUUGCUUUAGAAGGCAUCCAGUACAAUGGUUACCAAAUGUUGAACCACCAAAGAAGGAAGAGGAAAAUGAUGAUGAACAAAAAGAUGAAGCAGAUAAGAAAAAUGAUUAG